AUGGGUAUAUCUUUAUAUGUAUUUACAUGCCUACUUAUUAAUUUAUUUUUUUGUAAUUGUCAAAUAUUAGAAAAAAUAAAUAAUACUAUUUAUAAUAGAGAUAUUCCUAAAUAUCAAAGAAAAUAUGAUGAUCCUAUAAAACCAGGAUAUCCAGUAAUUCUUGUACCUGGAUUUGGUGGUACUCGAUUAGAAGCUAAAUUAAAUAAACCAUCUACAGUUCAUUAUAUUUGUAGUAAAACAACAUCAGAUUAUUUUGAUAUUUGGUUAAAUCUUCAACAAUUUACAGCUCUUGCUAUUGAUUGUUUUAUUGAUAAUAUGCGUAUGGUUUUUAAUAAUGUUACAAAAAAAUGUGAAAAUUCACCUGGUGUUGAUAUUAGAACAGGUGAAUUUGGUUAUGAUACUAGUAUUGUUGAAUGGCUUGAUAGUGUUCAUUUUCCACAGGCAAAUUAUUUUGCCACAAUUGCUGAUACAUUAGUUUCAUGGGGAUAUAGAAGAAAUGAAGAUCUUAGAGCUGCACCAUUUGAUUGGAGAUUAAAACCAACUGAAAUGGAUGAUUUUUAUUUAAAAUUUAAAGUAACUAUUAUGAGAACAUCAUGGUUUAAUAAUAAUCGUAAAGUUGUCCUUCUUGGUCAUAGUUUAGGAAAUAUACAUAUAAAUUAUUUUCUUCAUAAUUUUGUUGAUAAAGAAUUUAGAGAUAGAUAUAUUCAAAGUCAUAUAGCAUUAGCUGCACCAUGGGGUGGAUCAAUGCAAAUUGUAAAAUUACUUGUUUCUGGUUAUAAUAUGGAAAUGUAUAGAAUAUUAUUAGCACCAUCAAAAUUAAGACCUAUGCAAAGAACAUGGGGAAGUAGUUAUUUAUUAUUUCCAAAAGAACCAGCAUGGAAGAAAGAUGAAAUAUUUGCAUCAAGUCCCAAAAAUAAUUAUACAUUAAAUAAUAUUAAUGAAUUUUUUGAAGAUCUUAAUUAUACUGAAGGAUAUGAACAAUAUAUUGAGGCACAUAAAAAUACUGAAAGUCUUACAAAUAUUCCUGAUGUUAAUACACAUUGUAUUCAUGGUGUUGGUAUCAGUACACCUGAAAUUUAUGGGUGGAGUAAUACAUAUUAUCCUGAUUACCCACCAGAUAAAGUUGUAAAUGGAGAUGGUGAUGGUACUGUUAAUAAAAAAUCUCUUGAUAUUUGCAAAAUGUGGUCUAAUAAAAGUGAUAAAGUAACGGUUGAUGAAAUAAACAACACAAAUCACGUUGAUAUACUUUAUCAUUCACAAACAAAAGAACUUCUAAAAAAAUAUUUGUACAAGGAUCUAAAUAAUGAUAAUUAA